ACACACUCGGCGCUGCUCGAACACCAGACCACAUUUCUCUCUCGUCGCUCCCCGCGGCGCGGCGGAGCAGAAGCAAAACCCUCGUCGAAGUCGGAACUACGGCGGGUGGGGAUCGCGGGUUCCGAUCAAUGCCAGGCUCGACCCCGUCCCGCAACUCCGCCUCCUUGAUUGCCCGAUAGGGUUCUCCUGCACCUUCCUCCUCUCCGUGAUUUAUCUCCGGGGCCUGUUGCGGAAUUGCGGAACUUUUCCGGUGCUGUUCGCUUCCGGAAGCGCGCCGCCACGGAGGGCUCGCUGCGGUUUUGGAAUUUGGUGGCUUGGUGAAGGGUGGUGUGCGCUGGCCGCUGGGCACCGUUGAGAUCUGUCUUCUCGGUUGUUGCGAGGCGAAAUUCUGCCAGCUGCAAUGUUGACAUACCCUGUGCUGAAUGAGAGGUCAAUUGAUCAGUGGAGCAUCAUGGAACUGAAGGAUGAACUCUGUAGGAGGAACCUACCUAUCAUAGGUUUGAAAGAUGAUCUUGUGAAAAGGCUCUUUGAGGACCUUCAGGGUAAUAUUCUUGGUGGAGAAGGAACAGGUGGCGGAGCUACCGCUGAUGAUGAUCUGAAAGAGGACAGUACUUCUGGUUCUGCUGAUACAACUAUUGGCCUAGCUACGAUGGAACAGAGUGUCGAUGAAGUUCCUUCUCAGGUUGCAACUCAGGAAGGGGAUCUUGUUGUUUCUUUUACAGAAGAUAGUAAGGAAAGAGCAGUUGCAACUACAGAUGUUAAUGAGGAAGCUGUUGUUACUACCGAUGAAAUUAGUCAGACAACGCUUGUUGCUGCUGCAGAAGUUGUCGUUGCCCCUCUAGUUGAUGUGGCAACAACAGAUAAAGUUUCUCUAUGUGACACUGUGGCAACUAAACGAGAUGACCUUGGAUCAACUCCAAGUCACGGUACUAUAGUGAAGGAAGUAUAUGCACAAGCUGAUGGUCAUAGCGCGAUUACUGCAGAGAAGGCUUCAGAGGAAGGCACCAGCAAGAAAAUCAUCGCUGAUGAUCUACCAUCUGAUGUUGCCAGUAUUGAUGUCAAGUUGGAUGCAACUUCUGCUUUAGGCAAGUUAGACGCAGACAUUCUAGAGCACAAAGCAUUAUCAUCACCUCUAGAUGCUAUUGCGCCAACUGUUCCUUGUGGUGUUGAUGCUGUUGCAACUGCACCAAGAGAGAAUGCCGUGACCCUGAUUCCUAUAAAUUCGGGUGAUCUGAAAGAUGAGAAAACUCCUAGUUCUUCUGGUGCAUCUAUUUGCCAAGCUGUGAUGGAUCAUAUUGUCGAUGAAGGUCAUUCUCAGGAAGGAGAUCAUGUUGUCUCUGUUACAGAAGCUAGCAAGGAAAGUGCAGUUGCUACUACAGAUGUUAAUCACGAAGUUUCUGUAACUACCGGAGAAGUUAGUCGAGUAACUCUUGUUGCCGCUAUAGAAGUUACCGAUGCCCCUCUAGUUGAUGUGGCAAUAACUAAAAUUUCUCUAAGUGAUGCAGUUGCAACUAAAGGCGAUGAUCUAGGAUCAACUCCCAGUGACGGUACUAUAGUGAAGGAAGUAUAUCCACAAGCCGAUGGUCAUAGUGAGAUUAUUGCAGAGAAGUAUCCAGAAAAAGGCACCAGGAAGAAAAUGUCUGUUGAUGAUCUACCAUCUGAUGCUGCCAAUAUUGAUGUGGUGUAUGCAGCUUCUGUUAAAGACAAGUUAAGCUCUGACGUUCUAGAGCACAAAGCAGUAUCAUCACGUCCAGAAACUAUUGCACCACAUGCAACUGCACCAGGACAGAAUGCCGAUACCUUUAUUCUGAAGAUAGAUUCAGGUGACAAUGCUUCGAUGAACGAUAACCAACAUGAUUCUGGGCACACGAUCAUCACCUGCCAACCAACCUUGUCUAGACCAGAAGACCAGGUAUCUGAGGCCAGCUCAGAUCUAGGUUCUCAAAUUAAGUGUGUGUUGAUUUCCCAUGAUAAUAUAUCAACUAAUGUAAUGGGUAACCUGAAUGCUGACAGUUCUGAUUUAGAACUAGAGGCUAAGCGGGAUAUGGUCAAACCACCAUCCAACAUUCCCUCAGUAGGUGAUCAUUUGCAGGCAUUCAACCAUGACAAAGAGUUCUCUAAGAAUGAUAUAUCAUUCCAACAAGUACAAUCUACAACCAGUAUGAACUUGGACAAGAAAGAGAUCAGUCACAAUGGUGGUUCUCCUGAAAAUCUAGAUUUAGACAGGAGCUCAGGUGAUGAAAUGAUGGAGGAUGUCAUGGAAAGUAAACACGUUGAUCCAAAUAUCAAAUCUGGUGAUCUUGGAGGAAAGAAUGAGUUUACCAACUCAGACUAUGAGGUAAAAGAGGUUAUUCUCAUUGAUACUGUUACCAAUGAUUCAUCUGUGCAUACAAAGGCCAUUGCAGCUGAAGGGAAAGCAGUAACUCCAUCUGAAAAGAGGAAACCUGAAGCCCAAGAAUUUCUUGCAAAUAAGCCCAUCAAACGUCAGCGCCAUGUGUAUAAUCUCAAAAUUCCUAAGCAACAAGCAUGCGGACCAAGUGGCUCUGAUGCUCCCAAGGAUGUGUUUCAGCCUGCUCUAAAACAUUCUUUUGGCAGGUCUGAUUCAACAGAAAGUGGAGAAGCCCACAAAGUGCACAUUGUGCAACCUUCUCUGAGACCCGCAACAACUUCCUUGAGAGUUGAUCGAUUCGUUCGCCCGUUUACUUUGAAGGCUGUUCAAGAGCUUCUUGGUAGAACUGGAUCUGUUUGCGGCUUUUGGAUGGAUCAUAUCAAGACCCACUGCUAUGUUACAUACUCUUCAGUGGAAGAAGCUGUGGCAACCAGGAAUGCUGUUUACAACCUCCAGUGGCCCCCAAACAACGGUAAUUACUUAGUUGCAGAAUUUGUUGACCCAUGUGAGGUGAAGCUCAGACUUGAACACCCUCCUCCACCGCCAGUGCCUAUCAGGCUCAGCACAGAUACAGUACCAAAGGCAGCACCCUUCCAUCAAGCCAAGGCUAACCAAAUGAUGGCUGCCUCACGGGGGCUAUUACCUACUCCGCAAUCUCCUAUGAUGCUGCCUCCUACUUCUACUCCAGGGUCGGGAAGGGAGAUGCUUCCACCCCCUCCAAAGGAACCUGUUAGUGAUACAGCUCCCUUGUCACUCGAUGAACUCUUCAAGAGGACGCAGGCCUCCCCGAGGAUUUUCUACUUGCCUUUAUCGGAAGAGGAGAUGUCAGCCAAGCUGGCAGCGCGCAGCAAAGGAAAGAGGGGAGGGUAGGGGGCUCAAUUCUGCUGCUCCGGCUGGCACCAGCGGCAUGGAUCAGCAGAUUCUCUUCCUGUCACCCGACUGUUACCGCCACAGCAGUUCAUACAGAAGUACCAGUUGGUAGCUACCGAUUGUAGCUGUAUGUUUUAGUGUCCUGAAGAAGCUUUCGAGGUCUUUGUCUUGGAGAACCGAGUAGUUCCAGUGUAAAUUGAGCUUAGCUCUAGACUCUAGUCGCUGCAUCUGUCUGUUCCGAACUGUUAACAUUCGCAAGGCAGCCUCAGAUCAUGGUGGACUCGUCACCUUUUGGAUCAGUUGAACGAACCGCUGCUUUUAUUUUGAUGAACUUGUGGCUAUGCUUAUGCGGCUACCCGGCUGCUCUUGUUGCGCUGUCAAGUGAAAGCAUUUUACCCUGUACUUGGAAGUUUCAAUCAUAUGAAUUUGAAUUCUGAG